AUGUCAAGCGCGCCGCGGACAUACGCCCGUCGGCACAGGCGCCAAAGUACCGCGCCUGCGCGCUCACCUUCGCCCGUACCUGCGAUCAGCCCUGUCAAGUCAAAUGCACCGCCGAGUCCGACCAAAUCUCCGCGUCGUAUCGUCGAGGUCGUUGUCCCACGCUCGCCGUACCAUAACCGAGUACGGUCGCCCCUGAAACGCGCCGCGGAUUCGUCGGAUACAACUACUUCACCUGUGGGAUCCGCUAAAAGGCGUAAGAUUGCUCCUGCUCGGAACGCGGACAGUGAUUCGGAUAUUGAGGAAGUCUUUCCGACUGUUUUGAGUACCGUGAGAACAAAUGCCACGCCUAGUACUGGCAGGACGCGUAAAUCCAUGGCUUCGGCGACACCGUCAAGUUUGCGCAAGAGCUCAGCGGUCUACUUUGAUGCCACCGGAGAUGACGAAGACGCCUUGCCUGAACCACCUUCUACGCGUCGAUCUCCGCGCAAAAGCGCAACCAUAGAACCGGAAAGGCGGUCUCGUUCGCCGCCGCCCAAACAACCUCUCAAACGCGUGCGGCACCCUAUUCGCCUGCCACCUGAAGCGUCCGAUCAGACAGAUACUCGAGCGACAUCCUCUUCAGACGACCCACUGCUACUUGACUCCUCGCCCGUCAAACCCACCUCGAAGCGCACACCCAAACCUGCUUCCAAGCCACCACCCAAACGCCCACGAUCUACCUCGCCAGUAAAGCCCGCUUCGACUGCCACACGGAAGCCCCUAUCGCGAACAGCGUCGCGGCUGAAGGCCUCUCAAUCACUUCCAACUACCACGUCACCUUCCAACGCGUCUCAGAUCCGCCGUACAAACACAUUGCCCACCUCUCAAUCACAUCCUACGAGCGUCAAAGGCAAAGGAAAGGAUAAAGGACCGCUCACCAAGGACCUUUCGGACCUCUUCGACUUCACAUCGCCCGAAAAAGAUGGUCGCGGCGCGGGGCUCGGUGAACGUGCCGCUGAACCUGUGGCACGACGCAUGCUAGCCCGUGCACGCACCGAAGCCGACCUGUCAGCAGAGGACAGCCAGGACUCUGGUGCACCGUCGCGUAUACUCUCGCGUGUGAAUUCGUUCCAACCCGCGGAGAACGAUGUGAAGAUGCAAGAAGACGACGCCCUCAUAUUCCCUCUUGAACUCUCCGCCGAUCCUUCGGCCGAGCCCGAUAUCUUGCCUAUGCGACCGCCGCCUGCACCGCUACAAGGAAGUGCAAGCGGCAGCGGUCUGAACUCUGGCUCGAUCAAGACGUACGCCGGACGCUCGAGAUCCUUCUUAGCGCCCAUGCCCGGCGCUGGAUUGAUGGACUUCGACCUCGUUCCUGAGCCAGCGAGCUAUCGCGAAUUGAGGAAAGAACUGGGCGUAGACGAUUUCGAACCGCUCAGUUCACCGCCCACUUCCCCACGACGGCCUACCUCGCCGCGCAAGUCGAACAGCGUCAAAGGCAAAGCUCGCGACGACGGGCUCGCCACGCUCGGGGCAGGCAAACCCAAACUCGCGCCUAACAUGCACAACGACGUUCGUGGGCUCUCAGAGCUACGCAAUCGAGGCGAAGCGCGGAGGUUCCUUGAUGCAGUUCAAGAUCUCUUUGAUGGACUCUCGCCCGAAUCUGCGCCGGCGAUCCGACGCGCAAGCGCCCUAGAAUGUCUGACGAAGAUGUGCGAUUCGGGCUUUGCGCGACGGGCGAGGGCGAGCGAGUUUCGGAGUCGAGUGUGGGAGGCUUUGAGGGCGAGGAAGGAUGAGGGAGGCGGGGAGAGGGAUAGGAUAUUGGACGCUUGUGCGGCGGCUUUUGUGGGAAUUGUGGUAAGGGAGGGCGCGGCAGAGUUAGGAGAGUUGGGGAGGGAUGAGGCGUUUGAAGUGCAGUGUUGGGAGUUGAUGGGGGAGGUUGGGAGGGGACGGGAUAUACUGGAGCUUGAGGCGGCGGGGAAAGGUGUUACGGGAAGAGUUGAGAGGAUGAAUCUCGCGACGUUGUCCAAGAUACGUGCGAAGAUCACGUCGCAGACGCAGUCACAUCCGCCGCUUCGUGCACAUCUAUCGCUUGCCCUGUCCUCUCUGCACCCAUCGGCGCUUUCGCCUGCGCAUAUACCGAGCUUGCUCGACAGCCUACUUCCGGAUCUCGCGCUUCUACCAUCGCGAUUGGCGGGAUACUCCGCGGGUCUACCGUUGUUGCCGGAUUCAUCGGUGCCCGAUGGCCCUUCAUUGGAACACAUCAGGCAUUGCUUGACUAUGCUUGACGCCUUCCUCCUGAAUCGGUGGGGAUCAGAGAAAGACGAUUCGGGGCGGGCGGAGGCUCUUGUCGAGGGAAGAAGCGCCGAGUGCACGGAGUUGGCAGAAGGGCUACUAGCACUUGCUGCAUCUUGUCGCAUCUUGCUCUCCGAGGCGAGCAAUGAGGCAGAUGAAGCAAUAAAAGAGGUUGCACGCGGGUGCCUGGAAAGCGCACUUCGUGUCCUUGUCAACUUAUCCCACGAGAACGCGGCGUGGUGCGCGCUGUUGCUCGACCAAUCACUCGCGCUGCCGUUGGUAUUGGGACUCGUGGCGGGUUUCCGCACGAACCUGAGCUCUGGACCCAUGAAGGAUCCACAUCUUGUAGUCGAGAACGUGAAGGGCCAGGCAGCGGAUGGCGCGGAGGCAGGCGACGAUGAUGAGGAGAGCGCCGCACAGGCAUCCGAGUUUGAUCGUCUCUGUCUCGCACUCGGACUUUUCACGAACCUCGUCCAAACCGACGCGGGUGGUCGUGCCAAGGACGGAGUACGGCUACUCAACGUGAACCCAACCUGCCCACUCACUCGGUCCUGUGCGCAAUCUUGCGCGUGUACUCAACGCAUGCCUUCACUCGACGUCCUCGCGCAACUCUACCUGAGCACCUCACCCGCGAACGACAUCGACGACUCAGAUGGUUCAGAUGUCACUAGAGCUGUCCUACGCGGACAUCUCGCCGUUCUUCUCGGUCUGCUCAUGCGCGGCUCGGAGGAGAACGCUGCUGCGCUCAGACAUCUGAAAGAUGAUCUGCUUGGGAGUGCGAGGGAGUUUGCGGGGCUAUAUAGGGUUGUCAUGGAACGCGUGGCGAGAGCCGGAGAGGAUGAUGUCGAUGAGGACGGUGCAGGUGGAAUUGGCGGGAUGGGUGGGGAUGGGAGUAAGGGAGCUGAGGUCGCGACGGAUGUGGUCAGGUUCUUGGAAAGCCUUUAG